CUUUUGGCGGCAAAGGUGUCUGCUAACAAAUUUCCAUGAAUCGGCGUUAUGAAAAUUUGUUUGCCCAUACUGAAGCAGUCUUUCGAUCCGAUAAAUAGUUAUGUGCGCCAAGUCGUGUCCUAUAUGAAUUUGAACUAUCACGAAAGGUAUAUGUGCACGUUUUACUGUGUAAACAACAUUACUGCAUAGGCAACUGUUCAAAGUGUUAACAAAAUCUGAACAUUUUUUCUCUUCGAUAUGGAGGAGAGACGUGGUAAAAAUACACAAAAUGAUGAAAGAAUCGUUUUUGAUGGAAUGACUCUGCCAGAAUUUGUUCCGUUGAAGAAAGAUGCUAAGAAAAGGUUUGAAGAGAUCAAGAAUUUAGAAUGCAGAAAGGACGACGUGCUUUUGACAACAUUCCCUAAAUCAGGAACAAAUUGGCUCUGGGAAAUCAUCUGCAUGUUGCUCAAGGGCAAAGCUGAAUACAUGAAAGAAGCAAAAACAUCUGUAUUCCUUGAAGCUAUCCCAGAUAUAAAUGAUAUCAAUGACCUACCUUCUCCUAGAAUAUUGAAUACACAUGUUCCAUAUCGAUGGCUUCCAAAGCAACAGGUAGAAAAUGGUGGGAAAAUUGUACAUGUCAUCCGAAAUCCAAAAGACGUUGCUGUCUCGUUGUACCACUUCACUAAAUCAUCAGGCAGCAUACCAGAAGAUUAUCAUUUUGAAACUUAUCUGGAAGAAAUAUUCCUCGGUCCAGCAUGUCCGAUGGGAUCUUGGUUUGAAUUUGAGAAAGAAUUUGAACAAGCAAAGAUGACUGAUAAAUGUGAUUCAAUUUUUGUAGUGCAGUAUGAGAGUAUGAAAAAGAAUCCAGUCGAGGAGACUACGAGACUGGGGAAAUUUUUGAAUGUCGAUCUAAGUGAACAACAAAUUGUAGACAUCGUGGAUAAAUGUAGUUUCCAAAACUUAAAACAUGCUGCUGAAAAUUUUAAAGAUCGCUCUCAGAGAAUGAAAAUAAUGGUUAUUGGAGAAGGUGCCUUCAAACAACCACCCAACAUAUAUCGCAAAGGAGAAAUCGGAGAUUGGAAAAAUCAUUUUACAGUUUCCAUGAAUGAACAUUUUGAUGAACUAUUCCAGGAGAAAAUGAAAGACUCUAAUAUUAAAUUACAGUUUGAAUAAAAACGCCUUACAAUAUAUUUGAGUUAUAGAUAUCUUAAUAUGCUUAAGUAGAUUAUGCAGAGUUUGUGAUUUAUGCAUUCAUAAGGGGUUGUCUAAUUGCAUUAUUUUUUUUCUCCGUAUGUUCAUAGCAGUGUGUUGAAGAAAAACAUUGAAAUGAAUAAUUGGUAGUGAUUUACAACUACAUUUUUCAUUUAUUGUAUUGUAGCAUUCAUCAAAUCAAG